AAAUGUUGAUGUUUACCCUAUCAGUCAUAUCUCUAGCUGUGUCUCUCCCGGCAACCUGCAUAGAAAUUUGAGUUGUAUUUUGUACAAUUAUUGGUGUAAUAUGGUGUUAUUCUCUUCUCAACAGAUUCAAAGAAAUUUACAGUUGCGAAUAGAAGAACAAGGGAGGUACCUCCAGAUGAUGUUUGAGAAGCAAAAGUCAGGUUUGGAACAGCUGAAGGCUUCAUCUUCCAAUCCAGACAACCCUCCUGCUCCUUCAGACACAACCAAUGAUUCCCCCACAAAGACUGAACUAGAAGCCUCACAGGUUGCUCACGGUGAUACAGAGAUUGACACCAUUGAUGCUAGCUCUAUCAUGGAGGAUAAUUCCCAAGAGGCAAGUGGAAAGCAGAAGGCCCCUGAAACUGAAGAUCCAGAGAAGGCCGGACCAAAUGUUUGUGAGUCAACUUCUCAACCCACAAAGCGUCCAAGAGUUGAUGAAUAAGCAAUACCAACCUUGAACCGUGUGGCAAUAAUCAUUUCAUGGAAGAUUAUAGUCAAGCAGGAUAGACCUAACUGACAUGUUCAAGAUCCUCUCUUCUCUUCUGCUUUGUCCUUGUGGGCUUGCUUAGCACUCGAAUAUUUAGUCAAUAUACAGAAGUUGUGUUGAAUUUUGAUUUUGUUAGUUUCCAGUCUGCACCUCUGAAGUGAAAGGUACGCUGACCUACAGCUUCCUAAAAUGCGUCAGGUCUGAAGAAAUCCCAUUUUUAAGGGAAUAUUUUUGUCCAAAAUGACAAAGCUACUCAAUAAAAGUCCUGCUCAAGG